ACAUGCAGACAUGCUGCAGGCGGCUCCUUCGUCCGUCCGGGGAAGGUGAGCUUUGGCUUGGACUACCUGACCGCUGUGCGACAGGUUUACGGCAACGACACAGAGAAGCUGCUGAGUGACGAAGUUUCCACCAUGUUUAAGAAGAAGCCCAUCCAGGAGCGCAGUUUACAGAGUCUGACGACAGUGUUGCUUGGAGACAGUCAAGUGAACGGACCUGGAAGUGACGGAGAAAUCAGGAAAACAACCCCCGACGUCAAGUGGUUGGACAUGUGUCGCAGUCUGUUGUCCUGCUGGGAGGACGUGUCCACCAUCACUGGGCAGCUGGAGGGACUGGAGGGACUCCAGCUCAGCAACAACAUUCUGCGUUUGCCCUCCGACCCCUCGUCUCUGUGUCGGUCGUUCUGCAGCCUCAAAGUUCUCAGUCUGAUCAGCUGUGACCUCACCUGGCCACAGAUCACCUUCCUGUUUCCUGAAGACGCAGAGCGGACGCCCGUCCAGAAAACUGUCCCAGCCUCCAUGCUGGUUCAGAAGGUGAAGGGUCUCCUGCAGAGACUGUUGAAGGUUCCUGUAACAGAUCUGAGACUCACUUACUGCACUCCCAAGAAGCUCGGGACCGAGUUUGAGCUCGACAGCGACAUGAAGCCUCUACAGUUUUACUCCAUAGAGGAGGGAGACCAGGUCCUGGUCCGCUGGUCCUGACCCAGACCAGGACCUCGACCAGGCCCCGGACCAGGAGAAGCGAUGCACGACAGAAGCUUCGAGGACUGAACCUGAGCCACGUGUGUGUUAUUAGACGCAGCAGCCGAGCUCGGCUACGCUUCACUUUCCUUUCACAACCAUCGCAGUCACUGAAUGAAACCUGCAGCAACAAUCUGAGGAUUCCAUAAAGAAUCGAGCUUCAUUUGUGAAUGUUUCUACUUUAUAUUUAUCAUUUCUUGAGUCGUUGGAUCAGAUGUAAAACCCAAAGAGACAAAUUCCCGUCUAUGUACGACAGCUCCAAUCUGGAAUAAAUUAUGUUUUAAAAAGUCA